AUGGCGAAAGGGAUAUUUCCCCAAAUGACUAUUCCUGACAUUAUAAACGCUCUCUCUGGCUGGGGCCUUCUUGUGAGUCACGAACAACUUGUUCGUCCCUCCUCCGAUUUUGUGGAAAACGUCUACUGUGCUUGUCUCCAACAAGUAACAGACCUCAAUCAGGAUUUUCUGCGAGAUCCAGUCCAGAAUUCUUUAAGUUCGUCUUCUGCUGACGAUAAGGAUCUCUAUGCUUCUGCUUUACUGAACAAUGUUAUACUUUAUCAUUUAACGCGGUUCGCAAAGGCGGCGAGAGUCGAAGACUUCAAUCUCAAAGAUAUCUCAAGCCCUGAACGAGAACGUACACUGAUUCUGCUCUCUGCGUUUAUCAACUUUGUGAAAUUUACAGAACAAUAUUGCAACUCAUUUGUGAAAGACUUAACGGACCGUUCGAGUGCGCUCAUUGUGGAAAGGGAUCAGAUCUCCCAGCAGCUAAUUGAAGUUGAACAAUCGAUCGAAGAAAUGAGAGCAAAGAUCGCUGAAGACGAGCCACGAUGUGAGCAACUUCGGAUCGAUAACAAUGCUCUCAGGGCUCGAAUGUUCGCCACCAAAGAAUUUCAAACAGCAGCUGUCCAAGAAGUUGAGAAAUUGAAGGCGGAGAAAAGCUCUCUCAUUAAGCGAAAGGAGGCACUCAGCGGGGAACUUGCAAGCCUUUCGGAUAAUAUCACACGCACACAGUCUCGUAUCGUCCAGUCCCCUGAACGUAUCAAGCGAACCAUAACUUCGAUGUCGACGACCACCAUUGAAGACAAGAGAACAGUUCAUAUGCAUGAAGUAAAAGCUAGAGAUCUCCAAGUAAAGAUUACAGCGUUGCUGAAUAUCGAAAAGGACGUUCAUUCUUGUGUUGAGCAACUUCAAACGAUCGAACGAGAAGUUCGAUCCUUACAGGUCUCCCAAAAGGAACUAGUUGAGCUGAAAGACCAUCUAGAUGACAAGAAGAUCGAGAGAAACGAGCUGACCCUCAGACAAGAGCGUGUGGAGAAGCAGCUUUCAAAUGCGUACGACAAACUGGAAAGAGCACAGAAGCACGCGGAAGACAAAAAGUCGGCCAGUCAGAGAACGAUCGAGCGCUUGCAACGUGAAUACGAUGAGAUGGUAGUUGAAAGACGAGAUAACGACAAACAGGUGGAAGAGCUGCGAGGGGAAGCUGACGCAGUAGAGUUGAAGAUGGCGGAGCACCUGAAGAAAAGUGAAGCGGAAAUGAACGAUCUGCUUGCUGAAUACUGGAAACUACGGCAUGAGACAGGUGACUUCGCUCGUUAUAAUGGUAAUAUCGAUCUCAAUAUUUUAUUAGAUGUAUACAUGGAGACCCUCGCUAACAAAUUAAACAUGAGAAUUCUCGCGGAAUAG